AUGACCUGGAACAACCCCCCUCCCCCUCCCUCCGACGACGACGCCGACGACGGCCGCCUCCGCGAGCUCGGGUACAAGCAGGAGCUCAGGCGCCACCUCUCGGUGCUGUCCAACUUCUCCAUCUCCUUCACCGUCAUCUCCGUGCUGACGGGGGUCACCACACUCUACAACACCGGCCUCGCCUUCGGCGGGCCCGCCACCAUGACGCUCGGCUGGUUCCUCGCGGGCGCCUUCACCAUGGCCGUCGGCCUCUCCAUGGCCGAGAUCUGCUCCGCCUUCCCCACCUCCGGCGGCCUCUACUACUGGAGCGCCCGCCUCUCCGGCCACCGCUGGGCGCCCUUCGCCUCCUGGAUCACCGGAUGGUUCAACAUCGUGGCACAAUGGGCAGGCACUGCCAGCAUCGACUUCUCGCUGGCACAGCUAAUCCAGGUGAUCAUCCUUCUCAGCACUGGGGGCAACAAUGGCGGGGUUACUUGGCGUCAAAGUGUCUUUAUCCUGAUGAUUGCUGUACCAGUUUUUGCUACUGAGAGGGCCAGUGCAAAAUACGUUUUCACCCAUUUCAACACGGAUAACAGCGCCGGAAUCCACAACAACCUCCACAUCUUCGUUCUGGGUCUCCUCAUGAGCCAAUACACGCUGUCAGGAUACGACGCAUCUGCACACAUGACCGAAGAGACGAAAAACGCAGGCAGGAACGGUCCGAUUGGAAUAAUCAGUGCCAUCGGUAUAUCGUUGGUAGUAGGCUGGGGGUACAUUCUUGGCAUCACGUUUGCAGUGAAGGACAUCCCCUUCCUCCUGAGCCCCGACAACGAUGCGGGAGGGUACGCGAUCGCUCAGGUGUUCUACCUCGCCUUCAAAAGCCGGUACGGGAAUGGUGCUGGAGGAAUCGUCUGCUUGUGGAUCGUCGCCGUCGCUAUAUACUUCUGUGGCAUGAGCUCGAUGACUAGCAACUCAAGGAUGACUUAUGCGUUCUCAAGAGAUGGGGCGAUGCCGUUUUCAUCCAUCUGGCACAAGGUUAACAAGCAAGAAGUGCCGAUAAACGCAGUCUGGCUCUCAGCUUUCAUUUCCCUUUGCAUGGCAUUGCCGUCUCUGGGCAGCCUGGUCGCGUUCCAGGCGAUGGCAUCUGUCGCGACGACCGCGAUCUACAUCGCCUACGCGCUGCCGAUCCUCUUCCGCGUGACGCUGGCGCGCAACCGCUUCGUACCAGGCCCCUUCAGCCUCGGCCGGUACGGCGUGCUCGUGGGCUGGAUCGCGGUGCUCUGGGUUGCAACCAUCACCGUGCUCUUCUCGCUGCCGGUGUCGUACCCGGUGACCAAGAACACCCUCAACUACACUCCGGUCGCCGUCGGUGGGCUCUUCACCCUGAUCUUGUCGUCGUGGAUCGUCAGCGCAAGGCGCUGGUUCACGGGUCCCGUCACGAAUUUGGGAGGAUAG